AUAUUCACAACAUACGGUUUCGACGUAGUAGAAUUCGUAAAUUCGCUCGCACACAGCAGACCUUCUGCUUCUCUUUAAUUACUUUACCGAGCAGUGCAUCCGCUCAACUGGGACAAUCGGCAGUCAUAUUUGACUAGCCUAAACUCUAUCGGUUCUCUUUUUAAGUUUUGCAAGGCAUAUUUUCCCCGAAUAAGAGAAACAAACUAGGAGACCGGGAGAUUUCUGAACAUUUAUUUUGCGCAAAUCGACGUAAAAUAAAAACAACAAUGGCUCAGUUCAACAAGGGCCCUGCAUAUGGUUUAUCUGCCGAAGUGAGAAGUAAGAUUGCUCAGAAGUAUGACCUGCAGAAAGAGGACGAGCUGAGGUACUGGAUUGAGGAUGUGACGGGCAUGCCAAUCGGAGAAAACUUCCAGAUGGGAUUGAAAGAUGGGGUCAUACUGUGCGAGCUUAUUAAUAAACUUCAGCCUGGAUCCAUUAAGAGAAUCAACCACACCAAACUUAACUGGCACAAGCUUGAGAACCUGGGCAACUUCAUUAAAGCCAUUCUUGCUUAUGGCCUGAAGCCUAACGACAUCUUUGAGGCCAAUGAUCUGUUUGAGAAUGGGAAUAUGACUCAAGUCCAGACCACACUUCUUGCUCUGGCCAGCAUGGCAAAAACCAAAGGUAUGGACACAAAAGUUGACAUUGGUGUAAAGUAUGCGGACAAGCACACCCGCAACUUCGAUGGUGAGAAAAUGAAGGCUGGUCAGUGUGUGAUUGGACUGCAGAUGGGGACAAAUAAAUGCGCUAGUCAGGCUGGGAUGACCGCGUAUGGCACCAGGAGACAUCUGUUUGACCCAAAGUCUCAAGCAGACAAGCCCUUUGACCAAACCACAAUCAGCCUGCAGAUGGGCACUAAUAAAGGGGCAAGCCAGGCUGGCAUGUUGGCCCCUGGCACCAGGAGGGAUAUUUUUGACCAGAAAGUGGCUGUCCAGCCGCUAGACAGCUCCACCAUCUCGCUGCAGAUGGGCACCAACAAGGUGGCCUCUCAGAAGGGCAUGAGCGUGUACGGGCUGGGCAGACAGAUAUACGACCCCAAAUACUGCACCUCCCCCACCGAGCCCACCAUCCACAGCAAUGGCAGCCAGGGCACCUGCACCAACUGCUCUGAGAUCAGCGACAGCGACUACCAGGCUGAAUAUCAGGAUGAGUACCAGGCAGACUACCACGACGAAUACAGAGCCCGCUAUGACCAUGGCAUUGACUAUUAAACUGCAAGCUUUCAGCACAGAUUAAUAUUUUUGGAUCCUCACAUAAACAGAGCGAGUUGUUUUUUUCUCUCGCUAGCCUUUUUUUAUACAACAAGAAACGGAUGUUAAGAGGAGCUUUUCCUGUAUAACUGUUCCUCUGAUAAUACAGUGUUUUAUUAGCUGGAUAGAAAUUAGACCAUAGUCUGAUGUUUUAAAAGUUUGGUCCUUUUUAAAAGUCAAGAUGAGUUAGAGAAGCAGUGUAAGUUUUCGUCAAAAGUCAUUCAUGGCAUAUUAUGUAAAAUCUCUGAUUGUUUGAGGUUUUUCUUUUUUUUGUUUGAGGUGUGUGUGUGUGUGUGUGUGUUUGUGUGUGUUUUACUUCCAGGCUUAUAAAUCAUUUGACCAAACAACAUCUUGCUAAAUUGUGCCAUAGGACCUUAUGUUAAGACCAUAUUUUUAAUUACUCCCCCUCUUCCCAAUUGUCUGUUGUAUUUAUUGCCAGUAAUAAUCAAUAGAGACCUCAGUCCUGUUGAAUGGCUUUUUUUUUUUUUUUUAUGAAUAAAGUUUUAAAUUUUCCAGUCAAGUCUGUUGUCAUUCCGGUUAAAUCAAAUAGUCUGUCAGGUUUAUCAGUAGGUGUUGUUGCAUUUAUUUGUGAAUUUUUAUGAUUUUUGUGUGUAAAUAAGCACACACACACACACGCCAAAUUCAUCUGAUAAAAAAGUAAGUGCAUUUUCUCUCUCUCUCUCUCUCUCUGCAUUUUCACUUUAUUUUUAAUCUGAUAAAUUUGGAAUUCAUUAACUCCAUCAGAUUUACAUCUUUGCUAAACCAUCCUGGAAAUGAGCCCUUGCGUUUGGACAAGGGGGCAUGAGCGAGUCUGAAUGCUGCCUUGUGUCGGCAUGGAGAGCAAAACUGAGCUGAAGAGUGAGAGAUCAUCUAGCACCAUCUGGCUGAUCUCAGAGCAGUCGUGAGGUUUGGAGAACAAGGACUGAGCGCAAACCCCCACCUCUUCCCGCAAACACCCUGACGGGGGAAUAAUCCCUGCUUUGUGCGCCUGUGGAAUUUGGCUCUGAUAAUACAGCCCUCAAUUAGACCGCCUGCCAGAACAGCACAGGUUUCCCUUAGCAACGUUCUCUUUGUAUCAAAUGUGACUUCACUUAAGCAGUUGGAAAGCUGCUACCUGCUUUGGGAAGAGCUUUAGUAUUACUGAAGAAGUUAGUGGUUUUCCAAUUGUGCGCUGUUUGGGAAUUUCUACCAAAAUGUACUGCUGUUGUGUUCCCUGGCCUUAAAGGGAUAGUUUUAUCGAAAUGUAUAAUUCUUUGACUGGCUCUCUUUUUUGAAACUGGUUCCCAACAUACAGUGACUGUUGACAGAAUUUUCAUUAUUAGUGAACCAUCCCUUUUGGGGACAUUAAAGGAAGUGCCAUAGGGUUUGUUGAUGACUAAUCACAAGACUGUAUCUGGCUGGUUUUAGUAUAUAACAUUUAAUUCCUAACUUAUUAGUAACGUUAAAUCAUUAAGUGGACUGAGCAAAGGCCACUUUCUGUUUUUCUCAUUUAAUGAAUUGGCUAAAAAGUAGAUGCGUCAACUCUUUUAAUGCACUGAAUAUAUAGAAUGCAGAACCCAAAGCCAAAGUAUUGCUUCCCUCUGAGAUACUUUGUGUACUCUCGCAGAACUGUUGCAUUUUCCCAAGAAAGUUUGUUUUUCUACCACCUACGACAACAUAAAAAAAAUAUGUACAAAAUAUGAGUGAAUGCAAAUUUUAUCAGAAGACAAAAGUUUUGAUGGUAAUUGGAAAAAUCCUACCCUGUAACUUUUUUUUCACCAUCUCAUUUGAAUUUUAAGUUAUCAUGAGAGUGCACUGCAUGUUA